AUGGGGCUCGGGCCUCAGAGAGCAGCCCCAGUCCUGUCCCUGGCUUGGGACCUGCAGGGCCUGGGCCCCCUGAAGGACAAAACUCCCAAGCUGGGCCCCAAACCCACGCUUUCAGCAAGGUUGUUCUCCAGGGAACCCAGUGCCUCCUCCCCCACCUGCUGUGCAGAACCCUCCACCCCCCGAGGGUCCCCUGAUGAGCGGAGCAGCCAGGCGUCUACUCAGCAGGCCAGAGAUCCCCGCGCUGAGCCUGUGGGUGCCCGACUCGCCACAGCUCUCCAGGACCUGAUGCUCUUUGCGGAGCCCCCGACGGCAGAAGCUGGGAAGGUGGAGCUAACUGCCGUCAAGCCCCUCACCACCGAGCGCAUCUCCCAGAAGCUUUUCACAUGUGUUACUGUUUUCUUUUUCUCCCUGGAGGCUGAAGCCAGCAGCCCAGACAGCUUCCAGGCCAGGCUGCCAGCCCCUCGCUCUGGCUGGGGAGGGGGCCAACGUAAGAGGCCACCUGAACGUGGACUGGAAUAUUCCAACGAGACCCAGUGCAGGCCUUCUGCCCCACCCCUGGGAGCCCUCCCGACCCAGCCUUCCGAGACCUGCCUGUGGGUAGCGACCUUUCUGAGUGACCCGCAGAGACUUGCAGUGAGAAAGCCCGAGAGCCCAGUGGGGACGGUGGAGGCCGCCGGCCGCGCAGGGCAGGAGCACCGAGGCUUCCUGGAGGGAGGGCGGCUGCUGCUGCUGCUGCUUCUGGUGACCGGCGCCCAGGUGCCCUCAGGCGACCUACACGCAGAGGCAGGGAAGCAGCUGCCACUCUUCACUAGCCGGCUUUGCUUCUCAAAGGAAGAGAAGACCGUUGUAAAGCGAACACCCCGCGACAUCCAAAAACCCAAGGACACCGGCGAAACCUGCACCACCCCUGGCUGCAUGAUGGCAGCCGCCAGGAUGCUCCAGAACAUGGACCCGUCCAAGGAACCCUGUGACGACUUCUACCAGUACGCGUGAGGGGGCUGGCUGCGGCGCCACGUGAUCCCCAAGACCAACUCACAAUACAGCAUCUUCGACAUCCUCCAGGAUGAGCUGGAGAUCAUUCUCAAAGGGGUGCUAGAGAAUUCUACCACCAAGGAUCGGCCAGCUGUACAGAAGGCCAAGGUGCUGUACCGCUCCUGCAUGAACGAGAAUGAGAUAGAAAAGCGAGACUCGCAGCCCCUGCUGGACAUCCUGGAGGUGGUAGGAGGCUGGCCAGUGGCCAUGGACAAGUGGAGCGAGAGCGUAGGCCCCCGGUGGGAGCUGGAGCAGCAGCUGGCCGUGAUGAACGCGCAGUUCAACCGGCGGGUCCUCAUCGACCUCUUCGUCUGGAACGACAACCAGAACUCCAGCCAGUACAUCAUCUACAUAGACCAGCCAACCUUGGGCAUGCCGUCCCGAGAGCACUACUUCAAUGAGGGCAGCGACCAGAAGGUACGGGAAGCCUACCUGCAGUUCAUAGUGUAGGUGGCCACGAUGCUUCGGGUGGACAUGAACCUCCCCCAGAACAGCGACCUGGUGCAGGAGGACAUGGCCCAGGUGCUGGAGCUGGAGACGCAGCUGGCCAACGCCACGGCCGCCUGGGAGGAGCGGCACGACGUCACCGCCCUGUACCACAGGAUGGACCUGGAGCAGCUCCAGAACAAGUUCGGUCUGAAGGGAUUUAACUGGACUCUCUUCAUACAAUCUGUGCUAUCCUCUGUCAAAAUCGAGCUGCUGCCAGAUGAGGAAGUGGUGGUCUAUGGCAUCCCCUACCUCCAGAAUCUUGAAGACAUCAUCGAUGUCUACUCAUCCAGGACCAUGCAGAACUACCUGGUCUGGCGCCUGGUGCUGGACCUCAUCAGCAGCCUGAGCCAGAGAUUCAAGGAUGCACGUGCAAACUACGGCAAGGCGCUGUACGGCACAACGGUGGAGGAGGUGCGCUGGCGGGAGUGCGUCAGCUACGUCAACAGCAACAUGGAGAGUGCCGUGGGCUCACUCUACGUCAAGGAGGCCUUCCCCGGGGACAGCAAGAAUGUGGUCGGAGAGCUCGUCGACAAGCUGCGGGCAGUGUUCGUGGAGACCCUGGACGAGCUGAGCUGGAUGGAUGAGCCAUCCAAGGAGAAGGCCCAGGAGAAGGCCAUGAGCAUCCAGGAGCAGAUUGGGUAUCCCGACUACAUCCUGGAGGAGGGGAACAAACUCCUGGACGAGGAGUAUUCCAAUCUGAAAUUCUCGGAGCACCUGUACUUUGAGAAUGGACUGCAGAAUCUCAAGGCUGACACCCAGCGGAGCCUCAAGAAGCUUCGGGAGAAGGUGGACCAAAACCUCUGGAUCAUCGGGGCCGCCGUGGUGAAUGCGUUCUACUCCCCAAACCGAAACCAGAUUGUGUUUCCUGCCGGGAUCCUCCAGCCCCCUUUCUUCAGCAAGGAGCAGCCACAGGCCUUGAACUUUGGGGGCAUCGGGAUGGUGAUUGGGCACGAGAUCACCCAUGGCUUUGAUGACAACGGCCGGAACUUCGACAAGAACGGGAACAUGAUGGACUGGUGGAGUGACUUCUCAGCCCAGCACUUCUGCAAGCAGUCGGAGUGCAUGGUCUACCAGUAUGGCAACUACUCCUGGGACCUGGCCGACGACCAGAAUGUGAAUGGCUUCAGUACCCUCGGGGAAAACAUCGCAGACAAUGGAGGGCUGCGGCAGGCCUACAAGGCUUACCUAAAGUGGGUGGCGGAAGGCGGCAAGGACCAGCAGCUGCCAGGACUGGAGCUGACCCACACGCAGCUGUUCUUCAUCAGCUACGCACAGGUGUGGUGCGGGUCCUACCGGCCCGAGUUCGCCAUCCAGUCCAUCAAGACUGACGUCCACAGCCCCCUGAAGUACAGGGUGCUGGGCUCGCUGCAGAACCUGGCCGCCUUUGCGGGCGCAUUCCACUGCGCGCGGGGCUCCCCCACGCACCCGAAGGUGCGAUGCCGUGUCUGGUAG